AUGAGUUCUAAAGAUAUGGAGGCUAUCAUGGGCUUCAGCUCUUUUACCAGCAAUAAACAAGCUAGAAACUUUGAUUUUAUGGAAAUAUUCAAGGAAGCUCACGGAGUCGCAAAACAGAGAAAUGAAGAGGGAAAUAAAAAGCUUGAUGAACAGGCGGCCGAAUUGGAAGCUCAGGAUAACAACGAGGACGAUGACAAAGAUGAACCAACGAACCGCGACGCCGAAUCAGACCAUGAAGAUGAAGACUUUGAACGUCCAUCAGAUUCAACCGAUAAACCUGAGGACCCUUAUUUCAUUCCCAUGGCGGAACACCUUCUUUUAAACCAUGGUCCAAAGCCAUUGACAGCAGUUGCUUUGGAUCCUUCAGGAUCUCGGGUUGCGACUGGUGGAUUUGAUUUUGAUGUAAAAUUGUGGGAUUUUUCUGGCAUGGAUAAGAGCUGUAGAGCUUUCAAAAUCUUCCAGCCUAGUGAAGACCAGCAAGUCAAGCAAAUUGAAUUCAGUCCUACUGGUGACAACAUGCUGGUCAUCUCUGGUAGCCCUCUGGCCAAGAUCUUUACUCGUGACGCUGAGCCUUAUUGUGAGACAAUACGUGGUUAUCAGUACAUCACUGACCCAGCCAGUGCAAAGGGUCACACGCACGCCCUCAAUGGAGGCACUUGGCACCCCAUCGACGGCCGGAAAUUCCUCACUUGGUCUCAGGACACCACCCUCCGCGUGUGGGAAAUCGACACUGCUGAACAGAUCCUCGACGACACCAGAAUCCCGUGUCACUCGGCCAUUCUUAAACCGCGGAACGGGCAAGGACGCAAAACUACACCUACUGCUGGGGCUUAUUCCAAAGACGGCUUCCUCGUUGCAGCGGGCUGUCAGGACGGUUCCCUGCAGGUCUGGGACACCCGACGUCCCCUGGUGAACACCUCACACCUCUACCGCAACGCCCACCCCACCGGAACGGACACCACGAGCCUGUGCUUUUCCUGGGACAGCCGCAUGAUUGCCUCGCGGGCCAUGGAUGACACCGUGCGUCUGUGGGACCUUCGAAUGAUGGCGAAGGGCGCUGCUCACACUGUCCGCGAUCUGCCCGUUUUGUUUGAGCAAACUGAAGUCUGCUUCAGUCCCAACGACACCAUGGUUGCGGCAGCCGUCUCAGCCAAACGUGGGGACCCCUCAAGUGGUGAAGUCGUCAUCUUCCGCAAAGACACAUUCGAGCCUAUUCACAGACACAAUCCAGGUCGUGGAAGUGCCAUUCGUGUGCUGUGGCACCCGCGAAUACGCCAGAUAGUAGCCACAUUCUCCAGCGGUUGCGCCACAGUGCACUUCGACCCGAUGCACAGCCGUAACGGCGCGUUGAUCUGCGCGUACCGCCAGGCCUCGGAGGCGAGUCGUCGGCGUCGCCAGGGCUACGGCUGCUCCUCCGACGCCUUCAUCAAGCCCACCCUCCUCACCUUCGACGAGGACUCGGUGCGGGUGGCGCGGAAGAUGCGUAAGCGCUUCGGCAACCUGGAAGACGAGAACCAGCUCGCCGUGGCCGCCGCCAUCGCCGCCUACGAGAAGGACUCGGUCGCGGCGAACGAGGCGGCGCGCAAGGCCGCGCGCAAACGCGUCCCCAACGCCGGCGAGGACGUCGGUCAGCGCGUUGGCAGCCUGCACAAGUACAUGGUGCAGCAGAUUGUCCUGCGCAAAAACGAGGCCGACGAACGCGCCGAGAAGGACAUUCGUGGCGCCAUUCUGCGCCACGCCGAGGAAGCCAAGAAACAGCCCUUCUGGACAAAGGCCUACCUCAAGUGA